UCAAUAUAUACAUAGAGAGAUUUUGGAGUCAUAGAAGGAGUUAAGAUGAGAAGAGUUAUAGUGAUGAUGACAGUGCUAAUUAUGCUUGUGCUUGUUGUUGCACAAGCCAAUGCUGAUUCUCGCUGCACUGCAAACUGUGGUCCUGGGUGUCUUUCUGAGAAGAAGAGCAGUAAUCUACUAUACCUGCUUUGCUCCGAUCUCUGUACGCUAAAAUGCAUUAAGUCUCCUACAGAUAGCGUUUAUAGUUGUACCUCUGAUUGUGCACACUCAAUACGCAUCUUCUCAGAAGAAGAUAAAGGCGGAGAUAAACUGGCAGCUUAUGUGAAAGAUUAUGUGGAAGAUUGCUACAACAAUUGCAACAAGAAGAAUAAUUAGCAUGUAUUCUCUUAUUAUCUUUGGCGUUAUAAUGCAACUUGUAACCCUGACAAUUAAGCAUCGUCUAAUAAAUCCUUUCCUAUCUUUAUAAUAUGGCAUUCAGAAUUUGAA